AUGGCCAAGCGGAAAUCAUCGAAGCAGACGCCAGCGCAAAGCAAGAAGGCCAAAGUUUCCAGCCCGAGCCUUUUGACACCUCGUGAAAUCGAAGAUUUGGGCCAAGAAACGAUGCAAAAGGCAAAAUACAAUAACAUCGCCACGCUUUUGGCGCAAUUCAACCAGGCCAAAGCUGUUCUUGUGGAAAAAGAAGAUGAGACUGUAGAGUCUGCCGCUCGUGCUGUGCUUCUCCAGUUGUUCAACAUAUUCCUGAAGAUCUGGAAAGAGAACACCAUGAGCGAGCAAAAGGACGAGAAAAAACAGGUGAUUGCCAAGUGGUUGCAGGACAAAUACUCCAAGUUCAAGCAGCUUUUGUGCUGGCUCGUGGAGAACCGUUUGUCCUUUGAGCUGUCUGUCCAAUUGGACGCCUUGGACUUGAUGUUAGGUUUGGUUCGUGUCGAAUCCGAAGACGCCGAGUUUGCUGCUGAAACAUACGAGCAGUUGGCCCGACUGUUGCUCUUUAGUCAAAACGGCACCGUUCUUGCCAACGAGGCAACUGACAACUUUGUGCUUUUGGAGUUUGUGGAAAAAUUUGCCAAGUACUGGGACUUGCAAAAUUAUUUCUUCCUGUACUCGAUUGCAGAUGAGCUUGCUGCGUUGCAGGAGGAAAAAUCAGUCGACACAAGAAACUUAUUUGCCAACUACCUCACCAUCAUCAAGGAUGGUCUUUUGUACACUUCCGAUCAAGAGACUCUUCGGGAAAAGCCACUUUGGAUCAGUGGAACACUUCCAGCCACAGCAUAUAAAGUCAGUUUCAAAACUCGUUACCAAAAGUUCUUUUUGGCGAUGAUGAAAGUUGCAGACCUCUCCACUUCACAGUAUAAGGCACUUUUGCUCAUUUUGCACAAGCGCAUUAUUCCAUACUUGGGCUCUCCAGCUUGUCUUAUGGAUUUUCUCACAGAUGCAUACGACCAGGAAGAAGACGAGAUUGUGCCCAUUCUUGCUCUCAACUCUUUGUGGGAGCUUGUGAAGUCGUAUAACUUGGAGUAUCCCGACUUCUACACCAAGCUUUAUUCGCUUCUCACACCAUCCAUCUUGUACACGCGAUACCGCUCGAGAUUCUUCAGAUUAUGCGACUUGUUUCUCAGUUCUACCCACUUAUCGGCAAACUUGGUGGCGUCUUUCAUCAAAAAGUUGGCUCGUCUUGCGCUUACUGCUUCUGCUCCAGGUGUGGUGAUUGUUAUUCCAUUCAUCUACAACUUGCUCAAAAGACACCCAACUUGUAUGAUUAUGGUGCAAAACAGCGAUGUCACAGACUAUGUCGAUCCUUUUGAUGCCAACGAAAAGGAUCCCUACAACACUGGUGCCAUGGGAUCCUCUUUGUGGGAGUUGCAAACAUUGAUGAGCCAUUACCAUCCCAAUGUGGCCACUUUGGCGAAAAUCUUUGGCGAGCCAUUCCGCAAACCAAGCUACAACUUGGAAGACUUCUUGGACUGGAGCUACUUGACUUUGCUUGAAAGUGAAAUCAAAAGACGCUACAAGGGCUUGGCGUCUUUGGAAUACGAAGAGUGGGACUCUCUUUUUGAUGACAAGAGCGAAAAGGUGUACAUGAGUGGCUGGGUUCUUUAG